AUUCCAAAUACUAGUGAAAUAAAAUGAUGAAAAAUGGUAAUGAAAACAACAGAAAUAGAACUAGCACUAUAUAGAUAAUAACUCUGGCAGUGAUGAAUACUGAACCGAUCCUGUGCAGGUGUUGUUACACGUGGUCUGCUACUGGGAGGAUGAUCAGCUGUCCAUCCUGUCUUCCUGUAGCGCUGUCUUAGGCGUCUCACAGUACGGACAUUGCAAUUUUUUGCCCUGGCCACAUCUGCAGUCCUCAUGCCUCCUUGCAGAAUGCCUAAGGCACGUUCACGCAGAUGAGCAGGACUGCAGGGUGGGAGAUGCAACAAUGGCCUUGAGAACAGCAGGAAGUGUGUUGGGGGUCUUUGUCUGGUCUGUAGCAGUGGUACUGGGUCAGGAUGGCUGGAGUGUUACAUACACCACUCAGAGUAUCUGUACCUUUAAGGGGUCAUCAGUGGAGCUGACCUGCUCUUACACAUAUCCCAGUGGCUAUACAAUCACAACAACCUUCUGGUUCAACAAAUAUGAUGCUGAGGAGAAUUAUGUGAGUCUGAAGGAUGACCCAGACUACAAAGGACGUGUGACGUACCGUGAGGAUGAAGAGAAUGGUCACAUCCUGACAAUCACAGACCUGAGAGAGAGUGACUCAGCUACAUACACAUUCAGAUUUACAGAUCAGACUGGGAAAUGGAGAUAUACUGGCAAACCUGGAGUCACUCUGUCUGUCACAGGUCUUCAGGUGAAGGUGACUGGUGGAUAUCAGGAUAAGACACUGACCUGUAGUACCACCUGUACUCUGACUGACAACCCCACCUACAUCUGGUACAAGAACGGACAACAUCUAGAUGAGAGCACCUCCCCCCAGUACAAAGACCCAGUCUCCAGUAACUAUGAAGACAGUUAUUCCUGUGCUGUAAAAGGCCAUGAGGACCUCCACUCUCCUGCAGUGUGUGUCCAGGGUCAGGACUGCAACAGAGUGACUUACACCAAGAGGACAAUCUGUGUCUUGAAGGGGUCAACAGUGGACAUAUCCUGUACUUAUGGCAGUGGUUAUGAUACUGUCACAUCAUCACUCUGGUUUAGUCCUAAACAGAGAUCUAGGUGGAGGGAUGAGUUGAUCCCUGAGGACCUAACCACAGACCCAGGGUAUGCAGGUCGUGUGGAGUAUGUUGGAGAGAAGGAGAGAGGUCGCUCCACCCUGAGAAUCACAGAUCUGAGAAUCACAGAUCUGAGAGAGGAGGACUCUGCUGAGUACAAGUUCAUAUUCAACACACAGACAUCAAGAUGGGGACACAGUUUCCCUGGAACAACUCUGACUGUCACAGACCUGCAGGUGAAGGUGACUCCUGCCACAGAGGCAGGGAAGAGGACACUGACCUGUAUCACCACCUGUACUCUGACUGACAACCCCACCUACAUCUGGUACAAGAACGAUACCAGGGUAAAGGAGGACACUUCCAGCCUGGACUCAGACUCCUUUAGUGAUGCAGACAGUUACUCCUGUGCUGUAAAAGGCUAUGAUAAUCUCUUCUCUCCUGCAGUGUGUAAGAAGUGUUGGAGUGUGACUUACACCCAUCAGAGUAUUUGUGCCUUGAAGGGGUCAACAGUGGACAUAUCCUGCUCUUACACAUAUCCCAGUUAUCAUGAGAUCAAACAAGCUUUCUGGUUUACUAAAUGGUCUGGUAUGGAGGCUGAAGAUCUGAGCUCAGUGCCAGGGUAUGAGGGUCAUAUAGAGUACCUUGGGGAUAAGGAGAGGGACUGUACUCUGAGAAUCACAGACCUGAGAUUGAGUGACUCUGCUGGGUACAGGUUCAGAUUCAUAACAUCUGGAGAAAAGUUUUCUGGCUCACCUGUCUCCCUGACUGUCACAGAUGUUGUGUUGGAGAUGGAUCCUACAUCUGUGUCAGAGGGGGAGAAUGUCACACUGAGAUGUAGAACCAAAUGUACACUGGUCCCCAACACAGCAUACAGUUGGUAUAAAAAUAGACAGUCUAUACCAAACAGCAACACCUCCUCUCCUGUCUAUAUCCUGUUCUCAGUCAGCAGUGAGGAUACAGGCAGAUACUCCUGUUCUGUAGAAGGACAUGAGGAUCUCCCCUCUGCUGAAGAGACUCUCACUGUCAGAUAUGGACCAAAGGUCACCUCAGUAUCAGUCAGUCCCUCUGGUGACAUAGUGGAUGGCAGUUCAGUGACUCUGACCUGCAGCAGUGAUGCCAACCCACCUGUGGACAAAUACACCUGGUACAAGAAGAACGUAACCUCACCAAAAGCAUCAGGACAGAGUUACAGCAUCACUAACAUCAUCUCUGAGGACAGAGGAGAAUACUACUGUGAGGCCCAGAAUGGAAGAGGAUCUAUGAACUCUACAGCUCUGAUGAUCAUUGUAGCAGUAAAUCCUGCAGCAGUGUUUCCCUGGGUUCCUGUGGUCUGGGUGGGGGCUGUCCUGACUGCUGGAGCUCUGCUCCUCACCAUCUACUGCACUCUGAAGAGGAGAUACACAGGAGGAAGUGAUGCCACAACAGACACACAGAGUGUCCACCAUGACCCUAACAGUGACACAUACACAGGUCUGAACAUGAAGACCAUGUCCCCUGACUAUGACACUCUGGCAAGUGUCCAUUCUGACCCUAACAGUAACAAGUGCACAGCUCUGAAGAAGAAUACCAGGUCACCAGAGUGACAGCCAGGCAGUAGAGAGAUAGUGAACCACCACAGAGCCUGGACUGAAGAGAACCACUACAGAUCCUGGAAUGAAGAGAACCACCACAGAACCUGGAAUGAAGACAACCCCCACAGAACCUGGACCUAAGAGAAGCACCACAGAACCUGGACUGAAGAGAAUCACCACAGAACCUGGACUGAAGAGAAUCACCACAGAAGCUGGCCUGAAGAGAACCACCACAGAUCCUAGAUUGAAGAGAAUCACCACAGAACCUGGACUGAAGAGAAGCACCACAGAUCCUAGAUUGAAGAGAAUCACCACUGAAUCUAGACUGAAGAGAAUCACCACUGAAUCUAGACUGAAGAGAACCACCACUGCAUCUGGACUGAAGAGAAGCACCACUGAAUCUGGACUGAAGAGAAUCACCACUGCAUCUAGACUGAAGAGAAUCACCACAGAAGCUGGACUAAAGAGCUACGGUUCCAAUCCAAAGCCAGGCCUCACACCUCUAUUCUCUUGCAACCAUAUCUAGAUGGUUUUCCAGACCAGGAACUUUAGCUUUGAGUAAAUGCUGGAAUAUAUUUGUUAUUUUCUUAUUAUGAUGAUAAAUGGGAUGGGUUAUGCUUCUGCUUUUUUUCAAUGGGAUUUUCCCUUUUCCAUAUUUUUUCUUGUGUCCUAAUCUGUUUCCUAUCUGUAGUUUAAGAUUACAUUUCUGAUCUGUUUCUAUGGGGUUUUGCCAUAUACAGAUGUUUUAUAACAUCAAUAGUACUACUUUCCUCAGUAACUAAUGUGGAUAAUAUUGAUAACAGCUUUCUAUAAUUUGUUCAGCUUUUGGGCCAAGUUUCUCCUGAUGUGUUUAAUGAUUUACUUUGUAUUGCUGUCAGACAUUAUUACUUAUUUUUAUGUUUUAUAUUACGUAAUCCUAUAUUGUUUUAUUUUAUUUAAAAAAAUGUAAUCAGUACAUUACAUACAUUUAAGCACAUGUUAUAUUAAUUAUAAUUGUAUAUUAAAAUUGUAUAUUAAAAACAUGUGUCUGUGUGUCUGUCUGUCUCUCUGUCUCCCCGCCAUAGUAAAGACAGGCUGCACUACCAGACCCCGCCACAAGGGGUAUAGUAUAUACAGACUGCACUACCAGACCCCACCACAGGGACAUAAUAUAUA